UUUUUUUUCUCUCUCUUUGUAUCUUUUUUAUUUAUAUUAUGUCUACUUCCUCAUCUGUUCUUGUUACUGGUGGUGCUGGUUAUAUUGGCUCGCAUACAGUGAUUGAAUUAUUGAAUAGCAAUCAAAAUGUAGUUAUCAUUGAUAACUUGUACAAUUCAUCUUUUGAAGCAGUACGACGUAUUGAAACCAUUACAGGCAAAAAGGUGACAUUCUACAAGGUGGACAUUUUAGAUAAGAAGGCGUUAUUACAAGUGUUUAACCAACAUCCAGAGAUCUCAUCUGUCAUUCACUUUGCUGGACUCAAGGCAGUGGGUGAAUCCACAAAGAUUCCUUUGGAUUAUUAUCAUAACAAUAUUACUGGUACCAUCACUUUAUUACAAGCUAUGAAAGAAGUUGGUAUCAAGAAUAUUGUAUUCUCAUCAUCUGCAACUGUAUAUGGUGAUCCCCCUGUCAUUCCCAUUCCUGAAACUAGUCCCAUUGGCUCUACUAAUCCUUAUGGUCGUACAAAGCAAUUCAUUGAAAGUAUCAUUCGUGAUCUUUGUACUGCCAACCCUGACUGGAAUGCAGCUUUAUUACGUUAUUUCAAUCCUGCUGGUGCUCAUCCUUCUGGUAUCUUGGGUGAAAAUCCUCUUGGUGUGCCCAACAACUUGAUGCCUUUCCUUUCCCAAGUUGCUAUUGGUAAGCGUGAAUAUCUAUCUGUCUUUGGUCAAGAUUAUCCUACAAGAGAUGGCACUGCUAUUCGGGAUUAUAUUCAUGUGGUAGAUCUUGCUAAGGGUCAUCUUGCAGCAUUGAAGAAAUUAGACGAUCAACCUGGAUGUGUAGAAUAUAACCUUGGUACUGGUCAAGGAAGCACGGUAUUGGAAAUGGUGCAAGCAUUUAGCAAAGCAGUGGGUCGUGAUUUACCUUACAAGAUUAUGGAUCGUCGACCUGGUGAUGUGACCAAUUUGACAGCUAACCCUACCAAGGCUAACACUGAACUUGAUUGGAAGGCGGAAAUUGAUUUGGAUACAACAUGUGCUUCUUUGUGGAACUGGCAAAGCAAAAAUCCAAACGGUUUAGAAGAUUGUCCUGGUGAUGCUCCUCCUGAAUUAGUGAUCAAAUACAUCUAGGUUUUUUUUUAUAUAUAUAGUUUUAGGUUUAUGAUAGACACGACACAUCCUACACCAUAGAUACUAUUGCUUUGUAUUUUG